GGUAUAUUGGUCAUAUAUCAUGGAGGCAGGUCGUUGCAGUUGUUAGUAUCAGAGCAGCUCCACUGUGCUCCAGUAAUAAGUACCUUCCUCUCUGUAUUUAUGGAUACUUGCCCUGAGUCUCUCCUCCAGUAGAGCGGCGAUAAUUGCUUAAUUUCAGUCAGAUAAAACAUGAGGUGGAAGUUACUGCUGCUGUUUUUCUGUUUAUCAGCUCUGACAAGUGCCUUAGCACUCCAUGCUUUCUCUAAUGGGUUAGUGAGGAUUGGUUUAAAGAAGAGACCAUUGGAUCCUACUAGUCUAAAUGCUAUGAAACUAGUGAACAAAGUGAGCAAAUAUGCAGGUGGUCUUUGGGACAUCCAUCAUAACCUGCAUGAUUUCAAUGAAGAUAUUGUAUCUCUAAAGAAUUAUUUGAAUGCUCAAUACUAUGGAGAGAUUGGCAUUGGUUCUCCACCACAGAACUUCACUGUCAUAUUUGAUACUGGAAGUUCGAACCUCUGGGUCCCGUCAUCGAAGUGCUAUUUUUCUAUUGCUUGCUAUUUUCACUCCAAGUACAAGUCAACUCAUUCAAGUACAUACACCAAAAUUGGAAAUUCUUGCAGCAUUCAUUAUGGAUCUGGAUCAAUUUCUGGCUUCUUCAGUCAAGACAACGUGCAAAUUGGGGAUCUCAUUGUUAAAGAUCAAGUUUUCAUCGAAGCUACACGUGAACAAAUGCUUCCUUUCUUAUUGGCAAAGUUUGAUGGAAUACUUGGACUUGGAUUUCAGGAAAUUUCUGUUGGGAAUGUUGUGCCUGUCUGGUACAACAUGGUUGAGCAAGGUUUGGUAAAUGAUGCUGUCUUCUCUUUCUGGCUAAACCGAGAUCCACAGGCAGUGGAAGGAGGUGAGAUAGUCUUUGGUGGUGUUGAUCCAAAUCACUUUAAGGGAAAACAUACUUAUAUUCCUAUUACCAAAAAGGGAUACUGGCAGUUUGAGAUGGGAGACAUUUUCAUUGGGAGCUAUUCAACGGGAUUCUGUGAAGCUGGUUGUGCUGCUAUAGUGGAUUCAGGAACUUCAUUGCUUGCUGGUCCACCUACUGUUGUGACUGAAAUCAAUCAUGCCAUUGGAGCAGAGGGAGUAAUGAGCAUGGAAUGUAAAGCAGUUGUCUCUGAAUAUGGAGAUUUGAUAUGGGAACUCCUAACAGCAGGGAUACAACCUGACAAAGUAUGUACACAAAUUGGUCUUUGCUUUUUCAACGGGACUCAGCACGUGAGUUCUGACAUCAAAAUAGUCGUUGAAAAACAAAACGAGGGGUCAUCAUCUGGUGACAGUGUACUAUGUACUACCUGUGAGAUGGCCGUUGUUUGGAUCCGCAACCAGCUUAGGCUAAAACAAACCAAGGAAGUAGUUUUCCGCUAUGCCAAUGAGUUGUGUGAGAAGAUGCCAAGUCCUGCAGGAGAGUCGAUUAUUGAUUGUGAUAGUCUUGUAGGCUUGCCAGAUGUUUCAUUUUUCAUAGGGGAUAAGCUUUUCACCCUCACUCCGGAACAGUACAUUCUUAAAACUGUAAAGGGGGACAUCACUGUCUGCAUCAGCGGAUUUAUAACAUUGGAUUUUCAAUCUGCUCAAGGUCCACUCUGGAUUCUUGGAGAUGUCUUCAUGGGAGUUUAUCACACGGUGUUUGACUUCAGUAACCUCCAAGUGGGAUUUGCAGAAGCUACGUAGACAAGGCUUAAUGUAUAGCUGAUCUUUUUUUGCUCCAGUCAGUGUCGAGCGAGUUAAUAAAAGCAGGCUGGACUCUGUGUGUUUUGAAUUGGAUGAUGUGGGAAUGGUAGAGCAAUAUUGAUGCUUUUUUUCUGAUGACUCAAACAUGGAAUGGGAGCCCUUAAUAUUAUAGUGUAAUUAUUUUAAACAUAGAAAGGAGCAUAUGUGAUGUUCAUAUAUGGUGUAAGUUGGGGUGUUAUUGCACUUUUAGUCUAUCUUUGAUUACAAAUUAGAUUGCAUUAGAUGAUUA